ACUCUUCCUGACCAACCUUACACUGGCAUCCUUCUGCCAGACUCCAGUCAAGAUGGGGUUUGGUAGGAGGAUAUGGUUACCAGAAUGGGCUUUCCUUUUAGCACUUUGCUGUACCCAUCAGAUAGUUUCAUCUGAGGUGAAAAUCAUCCAGCAAACAUUGACAAAUCCAGUAAUAACACAUUCCAACCCUGCUCACAAUGGCCGUGUGUGCAGUACAUGGGGCAACUUCCACUUCAAGACUUUUGAUGGAGACAUCUUCCGCUACCCUGGGCUCUGUAAUUAUGUUUUUGCAUCCCAUUGCAACGCUCCCUAUGAAGAGUUCAACAUCCAAAUUAGGCGUACACUGGUGGAAAAUAUUCUGACAAUCCACCGCAUUGCCAUAAAACUCGAAGGCGUAGCUAUUGAGCUAACAAAGGAUGUUGUCCUGAUCAACAGCAACAGAGUUCAACUGCCAUACAGUCAAGCUGGAAUUACUAUAGAGAGAAGCAGCAUUUAUGUGAAAGUUGUCAGCAAAACGGAUAUUGUAUUUAUGUGGAAUCAACGUGACAGUAUCUUGCUAGAACUGCAUGAGAAAUAUGCCAAUCAGACUUGUGGUCUUUGUGGGGACUUCAAUGGCAUUCCAGUUUACAAUGAGUUCUAUUCAAACAAUAUCAGAAUGACAGCCUUACAGUUUGGGAAUAUGCAGAAAAUGGAUGGGCCGACAGAGUACUGUGAAGACCCAACUCCUUCCUCACUGGAUAAUUGCACAUAUAACUUUGAUGACAUAUGUCAGAAAACAUUGACCAGCUUUGCAUUUGCAGACUGUAAUGGCCUAGUUAAUGUUAGUGAGUACAUUAUGGCUUGCCAAGAAGACUUGUGCCGCUCUAAAGAGUUAAAAAAUGCCUCAUGUAUCUGUGAUACUUUUGCUGAAUACUCCCGGCAGUGUGCUCAUGCUGGUGGGGAACCUCUGAACUGGAGAACCUCAAAACUAUGCCCCAAGACAUGUCCUUACAACAUGCAGUAUUCGGAGUGCAGCUCUCCCUGCACUGACACAUGCACUAAUCCUGAACGAUCUCAGUUUUGUGAAGAGCACUGUAUGGAUGGUUGUUUCUGCCCCCCAGGAACCGUUUUUGAUGACAUAAGUAAUUCUGGCUGCAUCUCCCGUCAGCAGUGCUCCUGUAUUUACAAUGGCAAUACUUACGCUCCAGGAACUUCUUUCUCAGAGCAGUGCCAUUCCUGUACAUGUAAUGGAGGGAAAUGGAUUUGCGAAGACAUAUCAUGUCCAGGAAUAUGUUCUGUAGAGGGAGGCUCACACAUUUCUACAUAUGAUAAAAAGCAUUAUGAUGUCUAUGGAGACUGCACUUACGUCCUUUCUAAGCACUGUGAAGAUGAAAUAUUCACCAUCUUGGUAGAACUACGCAAAUGUGGCAUGACGAACACUGAAACGUGCUUAAAGACAGUGACCCUCAGCAUGAAUAAAGGACAAACGCUCAUUGAGGUCAAAACUGAUGGUGGUGUGUUUAUGAACUCAAUCUACACCCAGCUGCCGAUCUCAGCAGCCAACGUCACCAUCUUUAGACCUUCAUCAUUUUUCGUUAUCAUGCACACAAAUAUUGGCAUCCAGGUUGAAAUCCAGAUCACACCCAUCAUGCAAGUGUUUGUGCGAUUGGACCCUGUGUUCAAAGACCAAACCUGUGGUCUUUGUGGAAAUUUCAAUAAUGUCCAAACUGAUGACUUUAAGGCCAUAAGUGGAGUAGUUGAAGGAACAGCAGCAGCAUUUGCUAAUACAUGGAAAACUCAGGCUUCUUGCCCUGAUAUCCAGAGCAGUUUUGAGAACCCUUGUGCACUCAGCAUUGAUAAUGAAAAAUAUGCUAAGCAUUGGUGUGGACUACUAACUAACAGUGAAGGACCUUUUGCUGAUUGUCAUUAUCUACUGAACCCCUCUACUUACUACACGAACUGCAUGUUUGACACGUGUAACUGUCAAAACAGUGAGGGCUGUCUUUGUGCAGCCCUUUCUUCCUAUGUGAGAGCUUGUGCUGCAAGAGGAAUCCAAAUAAAUGGAUGGAGGACUAACGUCUGCUCAAAGUACACCACCUCAUGUCCCAAAUCCCUAAGUUACAGCUAUACCAUCAAUUCAUGUCAACCCACCUGUCGCUCUCUGAGUGAGCCUGAUGUCACAUGCAAAAUUAAGUUUGUCCCAGUUGAUGGCUGCACCUGUGUAAAUGGAACCUACAUGGAUGAAAGUGGCAAAUGCGUGCCUGCUAAUGAAUGCCCCUGCUACUACCGAGGAUCUCCCAUACCACUUGGAGAAGUUGUCCAUGAAAAUGGGCUUGUAUGCACUUGUAUCCAGGGAAGACUGAAUUGCAUUGGAGCACCAAAUCAAAUUCCAGUUUGUGAAUCUCCCAUGUUCUACUUAGACUGUAGAAACAACACAGCGGGAACAACUGGAGCAGAGUGUCAAAAAAGCUGUCAGACUCUGGAUAUGCAAUGUUAUAGCACACAGUGUGUAUCUGGCUGUGUGUGCCCAUCUGGGCUUGUGUUAGAUGGGAAGGGUGGUUGUAUUCCUGAAGAGGAAUGUCCAUGUAUUCAUAACGGAGCGAUGUAUCAACCCGGGGAAAAGAUCAAUGCUGACUGUAAUACCUGUGUGUGCAAGGAUAGGAUGUGGGAAUGCACCAAAAAACAAUGUCUGGGUACAUGUGCUGUUUAUGGAGAUGGACAUUAUACAACCUUUGAUGACCAAAGGUUCAGCUUCAGUGGAAACUGUGAAUACACACUAGUCCAGAACCAUUGCGGGAAGAGUGACACAGUGAAUGGGACCUUCCAGGUUAUCACUGAAAAUAUUCCCUGUGGCAGCACUGGGACAACUUGCUCAAAAUCUAUCAAAGUUUUCUUAGAGCACUAUGAACUGGUACUCAGUGAGGAGCGUGUCAGUGUGAUAAAGAGAGGACAAGAUGGUGAAGUACCAUUCACAGUCCGCUAUAUAGGUAUGUACACAGUGAUUGACACCACCAGCGGACUGAUCCUCAUGUGGGACAAGAAAACCAGCAUCUUCAUCAAGCUGAGCCCUGAAUUUAAGGGCCAGAUCUGUGGCCUCUGUGGAAAUUAUGAUGGCAACGGCAUCAAUGACUUCACUACAAGGAGUCUGUCUGUAGUGGAAAACGUCCUAGAGUUUGGAAACAGCUGGAAAGUAUCCUCUACAUGUCCUGAUGCUAGCUUCGUAAAGGACCCAUGCUCUACCAACCCUUAUCGAAAGUCCUGGUCAGAGAAGCAGUGUAGCAUCAUCAACAGCAAUGUCUUUGCUGCCUGUCACUCACAGGUUGAACCAGCAAAAUAUUAUCAAGCAUGUGUGACAGAUGCUUGUGCCUGUGACUCCGGAGGAGACUGUGAUUGCUUUUGUACAGCAGUAGCUGCCUAUGCUCAAGCAUGUAAUGAAGUUGGUGUCUGUAUAGCCUGGAGAACCCCAUCAAUCUGUCCACUGUUCUGUGAUUACUAUAAUCAACAAGGAGAAUGUGAAUGGCACUAUAAGCCUUGUGGAGCCUCCUGUAUGAAGACCUGUAGGAACCCAAGUGGGAAAUGCCUCCAUAAUUUGCCAGGUUUAGAAGGCUGCUACCCCAACUGCCCACCAGACAAGCCUUAUUUUCACGAGGAUCAGAUGAAGUGUGUCAGUCUCUGUGACUGUUAUGAUAAUGAAGACGGGAAGAUAUAUAUGCGGGAUACAUGUCAAUUAUGCGAGUGCACAUCAGAAGGUUUACAGUGCAAGUUUGAUGAUAAAGCAUGUAACUGCAUAUAUGAAAACAACACCUAUAAAUACAAUGAACUCAUCUACACCACUACAGAUGGAACAGGAUGGUGUUUCAGUGCAACAUGUGAUGUCAAUGGAACAAUAAACAGAAAUAUAUUUAAAUGUGAAAUCACAACUACCCCAUUUACAUUUUCUACCAGUCAACCUGCAACAGAAACCACAACACCAGCACAAACUGUAUGCGUGAAGUAUGUAUGUGAGUGGUCACAAUGGUAUGAUGGGACACAGCUUGAAAAUGAAAAGGAAACAAUUCAAAAUAUUGCAGGAAAAGGAAUAAACACUUGUAAUAACACGAGCAUAAUUGAAUGCAGAGUAAAUGAACGCUCAGAUAAGACAAUAAACUAUCUAAACCAAACGAUACAAUGCAAUAAAACCAAUGAAGUGAAAUGCAAUAACGAAGACCAAGAUGACAAAAAAUGCUACAAUUACGAAAUCAGAGUAUUAUGCUGUAAUUAUAAAUCAUGCUCAAAAACUACACCAAGCCAAACAGAACAAACUACAUCCACAACUACAGAAACAACAGCAAUUACAAUACAGACAAAGCCUAAACCAUCAACAACAAAAGAAGGACCCGAACCACAAGAAAAACAAACGACGACAAUAUCAACAACUAUUGGCAGUGCAGCAACCACUACAACGUCAGUCCUUCCAAAAGAAAGUAUGACCACUACUGGAUCCACAAGUGCAGGGGCCACCACACCGACCAGCAGUGCCAGCACCACCAAGACCACUCCUCCUGUGACAGAAAGCACAACCACCAUUGUCACCGCCACAUCCUCAGUGACCAGCUCCCCCACCAGUACUGUCACCACCUUCUCCUCAACUAGCACCACUCCAGCAACGCCGCCCAGUACUGGACAAACCCAGACUACAGCAAAACCUCCUACUGUCUCUUCUGUCUCCACGCUUUCCGAGACCACCACCACAAGCACCACGGUACUCACCAAGACCACCAGCCCUCUGACAACAGGCCCAACCACAACCACAGCUGGAAGUACAACCAAGUCUGUUCCCGUUUCAACAGAAGGAACGAGCACCAUCGCAUCCACAAGUGCAGGGACCACCACACCGACCAGCAGUGCCAGCACCAGCAAGACCACUCCUCCAGUGAUAGGGAGCACAACCACCAUUGUCACCACCACACCCAUAGUGACCAGCUCCCCCACCACUACUUUCACCACCUCCUCCCCCCCCACAAGCACCUGCCAGCCACGCUGUGCCUGGACACAGUGGUUUGAUGUAGAUUUCCCAAGCGCUGGUAGCCAGGGUGGAGACUUUGAGACCUUUGCAAAUAUCCGUGCCGCUGGUUAUGACCUGUGCUCCCAGCCACAGGACAUCAGGUGCCGUGCUGAAAACUACCCUGACAGGAGCCUGCAGAGUUUGGACCAGAAACUCAAGUGCAGCCUCGAUGUUGGACUUGAGUGCAGAAACAAGGAUCAGAACAGCAAGUACCCCAUGUGCUUCAACUACCAGGUCAGUGUGCUGUGCUGUGACCACCAGCACUGCUUGACAACAUUAACAACGCCCGGCACCACGACAAGCACCACAACUGGCACCACUACUGCAACGCCGACAACUGGACUACCGACUACAACAAUACCUACUGUCUCUGCUGGCUCCACGCUUUCUGAGACCACCACCACAAGCACCACGGUAGUCACCAAGACCACCAGCCCUCUGACAACAGGCCCAACCACAACCACAGCUGGAAGUACAACCAAGUCUGUUCCCGUUUCAACAGAAGGAACGAGCACCAUCACAUCCACAAGUGCAGGGAUUACCACACCUACCAGCAGUGUCAGCACCACCAAGACCUCACCCCCUCCAACAGAAAGUACGACCAUCAUUGCAUCCACAAGCGCAGGGACCACCACACCGACCAGCAGUGCCAGCACCACCAAGACCACUCCUCCUGUGACAGAAAGCACAACCACCAUUGUCACCGCCACAUCCUCAGUGACCAGCUCCCCCACCAGUACUGUCACCACCUUCUCCUCAACUAGCACCACUCCAGCAACGCCGCCCAGUACUGGACAAACCCAGACUACAGCAAAACCUCCUACUGUCUCUUCUGUCUCCACGCUUUCCGAGACCACCACCACAAGCACCACGGUACUCACCAAGACCACCAGCCCUCCGACAACAGGCCCAACCACAACCACAGCUGGAAGUACAACCAAGUCUGUUCCCGUUUCAACAGGAGGAACGAGCACCAUCGCAUCCACAAUUUUACAGAGCACGGUACCUACCAGCAGUGCCAGCACCACCAAGACCUCACCCCCUCCAACAGAAGGUACGACCACCAUCGCAUCCACAAGUGCAGGGACCACCACACCGACCAGCAGUGCCAGCACCAGCAAGACCACUCCUCCAGUGAUAGGGAGCACAACCACCAUUGUCACCACCACACCCAUAGUGACCAGCUCCCCCACCACUACUUUCACCACCUCCUCCCCCCCCACGAGCACCUGCCAGCCACGCUGUGCCUGGACACAGUGGUUUGAUGUAGAUUUUCCAAGCGCUGGUAGCCAGGGUGGAGACUUUGAGACCUUUGCAAAUAUCCGUGCCGCUGGUUAUGACCUGUGCUCCCAGCCACAGGACAUCAGGUGCCGUGCUGAAAACUACCCUGACAGGAGCCUGCAGAGUUUGGACCAGAAACUCAAGUGCAGCCUCGAUGUUGGACUUGAGUGCAGAAACAAGGAUCAGAACAGCAAGUACCCCAUGUGCUUCAACUACCAGGUCAGUGUGCUGUGCUGUGACCACCAGCACUGCUUGACAACAUUAACAACGCCCGGCACCACGACAAGCACCACAACUGGCACCACUACAGCAACGCCGACAACUGGACUACCGACUACAACAAUACCUACUGUCUCUGCUGGCUCCACGCUUUCCGAGACCACCACCACAAGCACCACGGUAGUCACCAAGACCACCAGCCCUCCGACAACAGGCCCAACCACAACCACAGCUGGAAGUACAACCAAGUCUGUUCCCGUUUCAACAGAAGGAACGAGCACCAUCACAUCCACAAGUGCAGGGAUUACCACACCUACCAGCAGUGUCAGCACCACCAAGACCUCACCCCCUCCAACAGAAAGUACGACCAUCAUUGCAUCCACAAGCGCAGGGACCACCACACCGACCAGCAGUGCCAGCACCACCAAGACCACUCCUCCUGUGACAGAAAGCACAACCACCAUUGUCACCGCCACAUCCUCAGUGACCAGCUCCCCCACCAGUACUGUCACCACCUUCUCCUCAACUAGCACCACUCCAGCAACGCCGCCCAGUACUGGACAAACCCAGACUACAGCAAAACCUCCUACUGUCUCUUCUGUCUCCACGCUUUCCGAGACCACCACCACAAGCACCACGGUACUCACCAAGACCACCAGCCCUCCGACAACAGGCCCAACCACAACCACAGCUGGAAGUACAACCAAGUCUGUUCCCGUUUCAACAGGAGGAACGAGCACCAUCACAUCCACAAUUUUACAGAGCACGGUACCUACCAGCAGUGCCAGCACCACCAAGACCUCACCCCCUCCAACAAAAGGUACGACCACCAUUGCAUCCACAAGUGCAGGGACCACCACACCGACCAGCAGUGCCAGCACCAGCAAGACCACUCCUCCAGUGAUAGGGAGCACAACCACCAUUGUCACCACCACACCCAUAGUGACCAGCUCCCCCACCACUACUUUCACCACCUCCUCCCCCCCCACAAGCACCUGCCAGCCACGCUGUGCCUGGACACAGUGGUUUGAUGUAGAUUUCCCAAGCGCUGGUAGCCAGGGUGGAGACUUUGAGACCUUUGCAAAUAUCCGUGCCGCUGGUUAUGACCUGUGCUCCCAGCCACAGGACAUCAGGUGCCGUGCUGAAAACUACCCUGACAGGAGCCUGCAGAGUUUGGACCAGAAACUCAAGUGCAGCCUCGAUGUUGGACUUGAGUGCAGAAACAAGGAUCAGAACAGCAAGUACCCCAUGUGCUUCAACUACCAGGUCAGUGUGCUGUGCUGUGACCACCAGCACUGCUUGACAACAUUAACAACGCCCGGCACCACGCCAAGCACCACAACUGGCACCACUACAGCAACGCCGACAACUGGACUACCGACUACAACAAUACCUACUGUCUCUGCUGGCUCCACGCUUUCCGAGACCACCACCACAAGCACCACGGUAGUCACCAAGACCACCAGCCCUCCGACAACAGGCCCAACCACAACCACAGCUGGAAGUACAACCAAGUCUGUUCCCGUUUCAACAGAAGGAACGAGCACCAUCACAUCCACAAGUGCAGGGAUUACCACACCUACCAGCAGUGUCAGCACCACCAAGACCUCACCCCCUCCAACAGAAAGUACGACCAUCAUUGCAUCCACAAGCGCAGGGACCACCACACCGACCAGCAGUGCCAGCACCACCAAGACCACUCCUCCUGUGACAGAAAGCACAACCACCAUUGUCACCGCCACAUCCUCAGUGACCAGCUCCCCCACCAGUACUGUCACCACCUUCUCCUCAACUAGCACCACUCCAGCAACGCCGCCCAGUACUGGACAAACCCAGACUACAACAAAACCUGCUACUGUCUCUUCUGUCUCCACGCUUUCCGAGACCACCACCACAAGCACCACGGUACUCACCAAGACCACCAGCCCUCCGACAACAGGCCCAACCACAACCACAGCUGGAAGUACAACCAAGUCUGUUCCCGUUUCAACAGGAGGAACGAGCACCAUCACAUCCACAAUUUUACAGAGCACGGUACCUACCAGCAGUGUCAGCACCACCAAGACCUCACCCCCUCCAACAAAAGGUACGACCACCAUUGCAUCCACAAGUGCAGGGACCACCACACCGACCAGCAGUGCCAGCACCAGCAAGACCACUCCUCCAGUGAUAGGGAGCACAACCACCAUUGUCACCACCACACCCAUAGUGACCAGCUCCCCCACCACUACUUUCACCACCUCCUCCCCCCCCACAAGCACCUGCCAGCCACGCUGUGCCUGGACACAGUGGUUUGAUGUAGAUUUCCCAAGCGCUGGUAGCCAGGGUGGAGACUUUGAGACCUUUGCAAAUAUCCGUGCCGCUGGUUAUGACCUGUGCUCCCAGCCACAGGACAUCAGGUGCCGUGCUGAAAACUACCCUGACAGGAGCCUGCAGAGUUUGGACCAGAAACUCAAGUGCAGCCUCGAUGUUGGACUUGAGUGCAGAAACAAGGAUCAGAACAGCAAGUACCCCAUGUGCUUCAACUACCAGGUCAGUGUGCUGUGCUGUGACCACCAGCACUGCUUGACAACAUUAACAACGCCCGGCACCACGCCAAGCACCACAACUGGCACCACUACAGCAACGCCGACAACUGGACUACCGACUACAACAAUACCUACUGUCUCUGCUGGCUCCACGCUUUCUGAGACCACCACCACAAGCACCACGGUAGUCACCAAGACCACCAGCCCUCUGACAACAGGCCCAACCACAACCACAGCUGGAAGUACAACCAAGUCUGUUCCCGUUUCAACAGAAGGAACGAGCACCAUCACAUCCACAAGUGCAGGGAUUACCACACCUACCAGCAGUGUCAGCACCACCAAGACCUCACCCCCUCCAACAGAAAGUACGACCAUCAUUGCAUCCACAAGCGCAGGGACCACCACACCGACCAGCAGUGCCAGCACCACCAAGACCACUCCUCCUGUGACAGAAAGCACAACCACCAUUGUCACCGCCACAUCCUCAGUGACCAGCUCCCCCACCAGUACUGUCACCACCUUCUCCUCAACUAGCACCACUCCAGCAACGCCGCCCAGUACUGGACAAACCCAGACUACAGCAAAACCUCCUACUGUCUCUUCUGUCUCCACGCUUUCCGAGACCACCACCACAAGCACCACGGUACUCACCAAGACCACCAGCCCUCCGACAACAGGCCCAACCACAACCACAGCUGGAAGUACAACCAAGUCUGUUCCCGUUUCAACAGGAGGAACGAGCACCAUCACAUCCACAAUUUUACAGAGCACGGUACCUACCAGCAGUGCCAGCACCACCAAGACCUCACCCCCUCCAACAAAAGGUACGACCACCAUUGCAUCCACAAGUGCAGGGACCACCACACCGACCAGCAGUGCCAGCACCAGCAAGACCACUCCUCCAGUGAUAGGGAGCACAACCACCAUUGUCACCACCACACCCAUAGUGACCAGCUCCCCCACCACUACUUUCACCACCUCCUCCCCCCCCACAAGCACCUGCCAGCCACGCUGUGCCUGGACACAGUGGUUUGAUGUAGAUUUCCCAAGCGCUGGUAGCCAGGGUGGAGACUUUGAGACCUUUGCAAAUAUCCGUGCCGCUGGUUAUGACCUGUGCUCCCAGCCACAGGACAUCAGGUGCCGUGCUGAAAACUACCCUGACAGGAGCCUGCAGAGUUUGGACCAGAAACUCAAGUGCAGCCUCGAUGUUGGACUUGAGUGCAGAAACAAGGAUCAGAACAGCAAGUACCCCAUGUGCUUCAACUACCAGGUCAGUGUGCUGUGCUGUGACCACCAGCACUGCUUGACAACAUUAACAACGCCCGGCACCACGCCAAGCACCACAAUUGGCACCACUACAGCAACGCCGACAACUGGACUACCGACUACAACAAUACCUACUGUCUCUGCUGGCUCCACGCUUUCCGAGACCACCACCACAAGCACCACGGUAGUCACCAAGACCACCAGCCCUCUGACAACAGGCCCAACCACAACCACAGGUGGAAGUACAACCAAGUCUGUUCCCGUUUCAACAGAAGGAACGAGCACCAUCACAUCCACAAGUGCAGGGAUUACCACACCUACCAGCAGUGUCAGCACCACCAAGACCUCACCCCCUCCAACAGAAAGUACGACCAUCAUUGCAUCCACAAGCGCAGGGACCACCACACCGACCAGCAGUGCCAGCACCACCAAGACCACUCCUCCUGUGACAGAAAGCACAACCACCAUUGUCACCGCCACAUCCUCAGUGACCAGCUCCCCCACCAGUACUGUCACCACCUUCUCCUCAACUAGCACCACUCCAGCAACGCCGCCCAGUACUGGACAAACCCAGACUACAACAAAACCUGCUACUGUCUCUUCUGUCUCCACGCUUUCCGAGACCACCACCACAAGCACCACGGUAGUCACCAAGACCACCAGCCCUCUGACAACAGGCCCAACCACAACCACAGGUGGAAGUACAACCAAGUCUGUUCCCGUUUCAACAGAAGGAACGAGCACCAUCACAUCCACAAGUGCAGGGAUUACCACACCUACCAGCAGUGUCAGCACCACCAAGACCUCACCCCCUCCAACAGAAAGUACGACCAUCAUUGCAUCCACAAGCGCAGGGACCACCACACCGACCAGCAGUGCCAGCACCACCAAGACCACUCCUCCUGUGACAGAAAGCACAACCACCAUUGUCACCGCCACAUCCUCAGUGACCAGCUCCCCCACCAGUACUGUCACCACCUUCUCCUCAACUAGCACCACUCCAGCAACGCCGCCCAGUACUGGACAAACCCAGACUACAACAAAACCUGCUACUGUCUCUUCUGUCUCCACGCUUUCCGAGACCACCACCACAAGCACCACGGAAGUCACCAAGACCACCAGCCCUCUGACAACAGGCCCAAGCACAACCACAGCUGGAAGUACAACCAAGUCUGUUCCCGUUUCAACAGGAGGAACGAGCACCAUCGCAUCCACAAGUGCAGGGACCACCACACCGACCAGCAGUGCCAGCACCAGCAAGACCACUCCUCCAGUGAUAGGGAGCACAACCACCAUUGUCACCACCACACCCAUAGUGACCAGCUCCCCCACCACUACUUUCACCACCUCCUCCCCCCCCACAAGCACCUGCCAGCCACGCUGUGCCUGGACACAGUGGUUUGAUGUAGAUUUCCCAAGCGCUGGUAGCCAGGGUGGAGACUUUGAGACCUUUGCAAAUAUCCGUGCCGCUGGUUAUGACCUGUGCUCCCAGCCACAGGACAUCAGGUGCCGUGCUGAAAACUACCCUGACAGGAGCCUGCAGAGUUUGGACCAGAAACUCAAGUGCAGCCUCGAUGUUGGACUUGAGUGCAGAAACAAGGAUCAGAACAGCAAGUACCCCAUGUGCUUCAACUACCAGGUCAGUGUGCUGUGCUGUGACCACCAGCACUGCUUGACAACAUUAACAACGCCCGGCACCACGCCAAGCACCACAACUGGCACCACUACAGCAACGCCGACAACUGGACUACCGACUACAACAAUACCUACUGUCUCUACUGGCUCCACGCUUUCCGAGACCACCACCACAAGCACCACGGUACUCACCAAGACCACCAGCCCUCCGACAACAGGCCCAACCACAACCACAGCUGGAAGUACAACCAAGUCUGUUCCCGUUUCAACAGAAGGAACGAGCACCAUCACAUCCACAAGUGCAGGGAUUACCACACCUACCAGCAGUGUCAGCACCACCAAGACCUCACCCCCUCCAACAGAAAGUACGACCACCAUUGCAUCCACAAGUGCAGGGACCACCACACUGACCAGCAGUGCCAGCACCAGCAAGACCACUCCUCCAGUGAUAGGGAGCACAACCACCAUUGUCACCACCACACCCAUAGUGACCAGCUCCCCCACCACUACUUUCACCACCUCCUCCCCCCCCACGAGCACCUGCCAGCCACGCUGUGCCUGGACACAGUGGUUUGAUGUAGAUUUUCCAAGCGCUGGUAGCCAGGGUGGAGACUUUGAGACCUUUGCAAAUAUCCGUGCCGCUGGUUAUGACCUGUGCUCCCAGCCACAGGACAUCAGGUGCCGUGCUGAAAACUACCCUGACAGGAGCCUGCAGAGUUUGGACCAGAAACUCAAGUGCAGCCUCGAUGUUGGACUUGAGUGCAGAAACAAGGAUCAGAACAGCAAGUACCCCAUGUGCUUCAACUACCAGGUCAGUGUGCUGUGCUGUGACCACCAGCACUGCUUGACAACAUUAACAACGCCCGGCACCACGCCAAGCACCACAAUUGGCACCACUACAGCAACGCCGACAACUGGACUACCGACUACAACAAUACCUACUGUCUCUGCUGGCUCCACGCUUUCCGAGACCACCACCACAAGCACCACGGUAGUCACCAAGACCACCAGCCCUCCGACAACAGGCCCAACCACAACCACAGCUGGAAGUACAACCAAGUCUGUUCCCGUUUCAACAGAAGGAACGAGCACCAUCGCAUCCACAAUUUUACAGAGCACUGUAUCUACCAGCAGUGCCAGUAGCCCCGUGACCAGUCCUGUUACAGAAAGCACAGCCACCACUAUCCUCGCACCUACACAGACUACUGCAGCUGCCAGCAGCUCUGCCACUACCAGGGUUUCUCCUAUUUUGACAGGACAUUCAACUGCAAUUGCAAGUACCCGUACCAACAAUGCCAGCACUACCAAAAUAUCACCCUCUGUGACAGUAUUCACUAUCCCUUCAUCUGCCAGCUCACUGCCCAGCUCUUCAACUAUACUCACUCCUACAUCAAUCUCCACUGUAGUAAAACAGACUACAGCACAGUCCCCUACUUCAAGCCGUUCUGCUGGUACUUCACAGCCAAGCCACAUUACAAGCACUUCUGCAUUCUCCAGUUCCUCCCUCACCACACCUUCCACAACAGUGGCAAGUGGAACGACUCCAUGUUUUUGUCACGUGUCUGGUGGUUUGUUUUCUCCCGGCGAAGUUGUAUACAACAGAACAGAUAAGGCUGGAUGUAAUUUUUAUGCACUUUGCAGCAAUGAAUGUGAAAUUGCCCCAUUUCAGGGGCCAUGUCCUUCAACAACUCCUUUAACUUCGGCGUCUUCAGAGACUACAACACAAGCCUCCUCAUCCACAGAACAUAUAUCUUCUUCUAUUUCAUCAACCACAGCAACAUCUCCCACAACUUUACUAGAAAGAAACUGUACUGAUGUCAAUCCUCCACGAAAGCCUGGAGAGAAAUGGACAAGUCCGUGCCAGGAGUGUGUCUGUGAUCCACUCACUGGUACAGCGCAAUGUUGGCCACUCCUAUGCCAAACACCUCGGGAAAUAGUUUGUGACCCAGGAUUUAUUGCCUUGCCUGUAGUACCAGUAAAAGACCUGUGCUGUCCUGAACUUGAAUGCCGGGAAAGUUCCCACAGCUGUGUGAUUAAUGGUAAAACAUAUAUGAAUGGAACAUCUGUAAUUGAUUCAUGUAGAAAUUGUACCUGCAGUUCUGAGAAAGAUCCAUUGACUAAGAAAAACAUUGUGAAGUGUGAAGCACUUAAAUGUGAAUCAUCUUGCCCACUGGGUUCCGAAUACAAGAUUGAGGAUGGAGAGUGCUGUGGGAGGUGUAUUGAAGUAGCAUGCAGAAUUCAGCUAAGUAACAACACUGUUUAUGUGCUCGAAGUUGGUAAGACUCUGCCAAUUGAUCUCUGCAGCCAGUACAAGUGUGAAAUAAUUGAAGAUCAAUAUGUUGCAGUUCAAAGUAAAAAAGUAUGUCCCGACUACGGUUCACUGGAGUGCGAUCCUGAUGAAGCAGAGACUACUCCUGAUGGCUGCUGCAAGAUAUGUAAACCUACUAACUGCAAAGCUUACAGCACAAAAACUAUAAUUCAACACGAAGACUGUGAAUCUUCUGAAGCUGUUGAGUUGACAUAUUGUGAAGGGACUUGUCCUGGCUCUUCCAUGUAUUCUCUUAAAGCAAACCAGAUGCAACAUGACUGUACCUGCUGCCAAGAGCUCAGCAGCCACAGAAGAGAUGUGACCCUGAACUGCCAAAAUGGAACAAGCAUAAAUUAUAGCUAUGUCUAUGUGGAUCAAUGCCAGUGUAUAAAUGCAUGCAACCCACAAACCCUUGAAGCAGAUGAUUACCAAGCAGAAAUCAGCCAAAGAUGGACAUGAUCGUUGCAAAAACAAAAAUAGGCCCUAGGAAAGCUGGAGCCCUAUCUUCCUCAAAAUAACCUCUGCUCCUUCUUUAACUGAUAUUUGUUUGUUAUUACCUUUUCUUUUUUCUUACUUAUAAAAGCCAAAAAAAAAAAAACCCCUUAAGUGUAAUUUUUUAUUUAAGUGAUACUGUUUUCAAAGUAAAAAAAGAGGUAACCAUGUAAAAUAUCUUUCUGUACAUUAUGCAAAUGUCAGUACGUAUCAGUACGAUCACAAAACUGACAUUUUGGGAGAAGUUUUAAUGGCUCCAAAGACAAAACCAGAAAACAUAGUAGCUACAUUGCACUCAACUCUUAUGACUACAGAAAGUUUUAUUGCGUAGCAUUUUUAUGGAUAUAAUGCUUUUAAAAGACAUCACUUGGUGACAGGGAAGAGACUGUUUCCCUGUUCAUCUUGUCUCUUAUGUCAAUCAAUAAAACUUUCAGCAUUUUUCAGUUUUGGUGGCUGAUACUUGUUUUCACUGUCUACAUAAUGGGAAGUUUGGUGACAAAGAGGUGGGGUUUCUUCUUAAAAAAAAGAAAACCAAGUUGGAGGGUUAACUGGCAGUUUGUUCAGUGAGAUCCAGAAGACAGUGUAAAACAAGGUAGAGAACUUUCUUCACUGUUGCUCCACAUCCCAGACCAAAACAAAGAAAGCAGCCCUUCUUAAGUUGAAGAAAAUAGUCCAUAUAUAAAUGAAAGGCCCAAUCAGUUAAAGAAUACUUAUGAUGAAGUCAUUUACAUAGGUAAAUCCAAGCAACUCUCCUGCCCACAAUUUGUAACAGUAUUUGCAAAUAAGUUCAGGAUAUGGUUUCUGAACAACACCCUUGUUUGUUAUGUUAUCUAGAAGUUUUUGAAUGGAUUUAAACUAGAGAGAAAUUCAGCAGCAUUUUCCCCACAGCAGUUGAUCAUAUUUACCUGAACUGCUCAGAGCAGUUCUAAAAUAAAACCUGAAACCUGAUGUGAAGGCUUAGCUGAAAAACUAAGGAGUCAUUGAUGAUUACACAUUUUGUAUGUGCUUAGUUAG